AUGUCUCUCAGCUUAGAACAAGUGUACAGCGAGUUCAAAUUGAAACAGAAGAAAUUGGGUCAAUUAUACCAAGAUACCAAUGGAUACGUUCAACGGGUUCAGAGUGUAAUUCGCCGUCCCCUCCGAAAGAAGCUACAGCCAAUUCUACUGUCUGAACAAGAUGAUUUGAAUGUGAAGCGUGUAGUGGAAUGUAGCCCUAAACUAUAUGUACUUGGCCACACGAGAUGCGGAAAGAAGUCAUUUAUUAACAAACUAUUGGGUAGGAAAUUGUUACCACCAUCUGAUUUACCAUGCACUACUACAUUCAUCAAAAUAUCCUACUGUGAGUCAGGCUACAUUCAAAUGCUUGAUACAAAGGGUACAGUUGUGAAACGGGAUACAGUGGGAGAGGAGAGUAUUCCCGAUGGCUACACUAACUCAAGCCCCGUAUUUACAACAGCCAAUGAAAUUGAGAUGAUAGAGAUAGGAAUUAACCACCCGCUUCUAGAAAAUGGCGUCACUAUAUGUUAUCUUUCCACAUCGGACCUGGAUUGUGCUGCAGAUAUAAUCAGAAAGGAGUGCAAAGAAAGUAUACUGCUACCAAUCAUUUAUCUUGUUGAUAGCAAUUAUGGAAUUCGUCGCAGAGAUCAACAGAUGCUAUGUACAAUAAACAACUUAUCAGCUGACUUGUCAAUAAUUUACGUCGGCAAUAAAGUAGAUGUUGACAGAGUUGCCGAAGCUAUGGAUAUGCCAUCAGACGACAGUGACGAAGAAAGUGGCGAGGAGUUAUCAGUCGAUAAAAAAAGAAUAACGUUUAAAACGCUCCUUGAUCAUGGUUUUAUAAGUGGCGAUGCAGACAGUGUUGAAUCAUGCCGUGAUUUUUAUGGUGUUUCUAGCAAGACAGUCACUGGAUUUGAUAAUGAGUUUCAGAGGUUGAAGGCAACCAUUGCUUCACUAACACAAAACAUACUCAAUGAGUACACAGUCCAAGCCUCAAUAACGCUUCAUUCUACACUGGUUGGAUUGUUUCUUUCCAUUGGUGUCCCAGCCUUGAGAAAAUCUGAUAUCAACUCCAAACAUACAGCGGCAAAUAAGGAACUGUUUGUUCGUGGUAUUAUAGCAGCUCAUGAAAGGGUGGAGCAUACAACUGAAAGUAUGACAGAAAUUAUAGACGAUGCACUUACGGGGAGUAAGUCAGUGAUUACUACCCUGGCUGCUAAUAUGAAAUACGACCCAAUAAAGAUCGAACAUUCUGUCCACAAAGAUGAAAUGCUCAUCCAAUUGCGAAAUCAAGUUCAACAACUUGUAAUCAUGAAAUUUUCACAGAUAAUGCAGAUGAAAUUAGGAUAUGAAAUUGAGAAUCUUGUGAAAAAUGUUACCGGAUUACUUGAACAAGGGACAAAGAGCCUCGGUAAACUCCUUGCAAAUUACACUUGUUCCAUUAUCCCGGUACCAAAGGUCAGCAACAUGCAGGAGAAACUGCAAUUCCAUGUAAGAUCUCACCUGAUAGGCACGCAUAAAAAGCAGGGCUUACGACAGAAAUUAUCGUACAUGUUAAUGGGGCUGACGGUAAAUGAUAAAUGGAGGGAGACUGUUGCUAUGGAGAUUUUGAAUUAUAUAUCUGUUAAUGAUAUAAUAGAAAUUAUUAGUAAGGAUAUACAUAGGGGGAUAAAUUCAUACGAGAAGAAAAUGUUAACUUUGAUCGGAUGUCUGGAUACUAUGAGUGAAGUCAUGUCCCUGUCAAGUGAUGUUAAAGAUACCCCGGAUGUGGUAACAAAUAUUUGCUAUACUCUGCAGAGCAGCGAGGCCACGUUUGCUAGUUUGAACUAUGGAUUACUAGUGAUAAGUGAUGAUGCAUCAGAAGCAAAACAAGAAUUCAGUGGUAAAAGGCACGCUAUAAAGAGGUUGGAAGCGUGGGGAAAGUUCGGUGACGUUGUGGUGAGAAUUGCGAAAGAUAAUAAAUAUCAUAAGAGGGAAGCUGUUCUCGUGAGCAUCGCAAGGCACGUAUUCAAUUUGGAUAACAUCAUUGUUCCUGUCCUGGGUAGUGUUGACUGUGUUAUCUAUGGUGAAACACGUAUUGCUACUAUAGUACCAUAUAUAGAUCGUAAUUUAUGGACCACAUUAUCCGAUGGAAGUCUACAGAAAGAGAAAGUUAAAAGCAGGCUUCGGAUUGCUCGACUUCUGUCCUUUGGCUGUGAAUAUCUCUCUGAUCAAGGAUUUCCAGUGGUUGAUUUGCGUCCAACAAAUAUAAUGUUAAAAGCAGAUUGGACUCCCACGAUCAACAUGCUCAAAUCACGUGAUGACAGCAUUCCCUAUCCUGAUGGGAAAAUUCCGUUCCAUAUCCCACCUGAAGAAUAUACAAACCCACCUUCGUCCGAUAUUUCCCCAUUCAUCACAACGAAUGCUAGCGCUGUCUAUUCCUUUGGAGUUCUACUUUGGCUAUUGCUUCUCGGCAGGUUUCGGCGACCUACUUACGCAGAUGUAGAUGACGCACAGAAAAUUGAGAUACCGGAGAAUAACAUGGUCGAAAGUAUCUGUCUAAUUGACCACAAGGAUAAAAAAAUUCACAAUGUUCUGAAGAGAUGUUUUUCCACUGAUCCAUUACAAAGGCCAUCUUGGAGUAAAAUAGUGUCCUUUCUUGCAUAA